AUGUUGCUUCUACGAGCUGCGUUAAUUAUAGUAACCUUGGGUUUCACAAGAGCAGCUUCUUCAAGUGAAUGUUGUUCUAUAUUGAAAUCCAAUAUCACAGCUGCACCGAAUAGUAAAGCUUAUAAUGCCACCAUUUACGGCUUUUGGUCUGGCCAAGCACGCGAUGAUAAACCAACUUGUGUUCUACAACCAACUAGUAGAGAACAUGUGGCUGCAGUGGUGAGAACUCUUACUCGAUGGCAGUGUCAAUUCUCAGUGAAAGGAGGCGGUCAUACACCAUUUGCUGGAGCGGCAUCAAUCAAUGAUGUAGUCACCAUUGAUCUGGCUAAACUCAAUACUAUAUCGGUGGAUAAAAAUGUCGGAAUCGCACAUGUUGGCGCAGGAUUGAAGUGGGGACAAAUUUAUGAGUAUCUGGAAACUAAGGGUAUGAUGGUCUCUGGUGGUAGAGCAUCUCUGGUUGGAAUCGGCGGGUUAGUUGUUGGAGGUGGUUAUUCAUGGUUUGCGCCCCAAAAAGGUUUCGUGGCGGAUACUGUUAUCAAUUUCGAGCUUGUGGUUGGUAACGGUUCAAUUAUCAAUGUGAAUGCCACUUCGAAUGUAGAUCUUUUCGUCGGAUUGAAAGGAGGAGUUUCUGGUUCGCAAAGUAUCCUUAAUGUUAUUGAUUAUGUCGCACCAGUUGAAGCUCCAGCUAUUUACUCCGAUGCAUUGGCAAUUCCGAAUUUAAUAUCUAGCACAAUGCGAAUUACGAAUGUGAGUUCAUUGACUGAUGAGCUUGCUGGUGGUACCUCGACUUUAAAUUCUAGGUACAUCUUCGUCACUACGACCUUUUCGAAUAGUGCGGGAAUGUACGAAACAGCUGUGAAUAUCUCAAACAAGCAUUUGGAACCUUUCAAAAACACUACGGGUCUUGUGUGGUCUAUUCUCUUUCAGCCUAUUCCACUGAUCGUCAGCGAACGCUCGAUAGCAACUGGUGGAAAUAUUAUGGGUGUGGAUCGGAACAAAGAAAAUUUGACGCUCUUUUUGGUCUAUGUGACUUGGCUUAAAGCUUCGGAUGAUCAAAAGUUCACUGAUGCAGCUUAUGCUACGGUCGAUGAAAUCAAUGCGGUGGCGGGGACUCUUGGAGUUACAAAUCCUUUUAUCUAUCUUAAUUAUGCAGGCCAAAAGCAAAAUCCAUUGGCGGGAUAUGGUGAGGGGAAUAUGGAGAAGAUGAGAACCCUGAGUAGGAAGUAUGAUCCACAAGGGACUUUUCAAAAAUUGGUCAAAGGGGGAUUUAAAAUCCCGGGUAUGGAAAUUGUUGUGGACUGGAAAGUCGGAAUUCUAGAAAUUACAUGGACGAAAGAGUCAGUUUUGCUGUACUAA